GAGGACCGUGGGAACUUGAGAAGGGAAGCAAGGGUCCUUCACUGCAGGACAAGCACAAGAGGGGUUCGAGCAUACCAUCUCCUGACAUAGGUUGCAGAUCAAGACUUGCUGGCCAUGGGUGACACUCAUUAUUGAAGCUGACCUUGCUCUGCCUCUCUUCUAUAUCUCUGUCCAAGAGCUGCAGAAAAUGAUUGACUUUCAGGGAUCAGUGACAUUCCAGGAUGUGGCCGUGGACUUCACCCCAGAGGAGUGGCAGCUACUUGAUUGUGCUCAGAGGAACCUGUAUUGGGAUGUUAUGUUGGAGAACUUUAGAAACCUAAUCUCAGUGGGGUGCCCAGUUACCAAAACAAAAGUGAUCUUCAAGGUGGAGCAAGGGCAAGAGCCUUGGAUGGUGGAGAGAAAUUACCCAUGUUGGAGCUAUCCAGAAUCUGAUUGCUCACCUGUUGAUGAACCAGAGAAGCACCAGGAAAGCAAAGACAAUUUUUUGAAGUCAGUUUUGUUCAUGUUCAAUAAAAUUCUAACUAUGGAGGCAACUCUACAAUUAUAAUAUGGCACAAGUCUUAAUCCUAAAACAAAAUCAUAUAAACAUAAAUCAAAUGGGAAGAGUUUGCAACCUAAUUUAGACUUACUUAAUUAUUGUGGAAGUUAUACUGGAGAAAACUCUUAUAAAUGCAACGAAUAUGGGAAAGCCUGCAAAAAGAAGUUGCUUUUCAUUAGACAUGAAAAAAAUCAUACAAGAAAAAAAGCCUAUAGCAGGAAGUCACACCUUGUAACUCAUCAGAAAAUUCAUAAUGGAGAGAGACCCUUUGUGUGCAGUGAUUGUGGGAAAGCCUAUAGCAGGAAGGCACACCUUGUAACUCAUCAAAAAAUUCAUAAUGGAGAGAGACCCUUUGUGUGCAGCGAUUGUGGGAAGGCUUUUAUGCAUAAAGCACAACUUGUGGUCCACCAGAGACUUCACACUGGAGAGAAACCUUAUGAAUGUAGUCAGUGUGGGAAGACAUUCACUUGGAAUUCCUCUUUUAAUCAACAUGUGAAGUCUCAUACACUUGAAAACUCAUUUGAAUGUAAAGAGUGUGGGAAAACCUUCAGGUAUAGUUCAUCCCUUUAUAAACAUGCUAGAUUUCAUACAGGAGAGAAACCAUAUAGAUGUAUUGUAUGUGGCAAAGCCUUUGGCAACACAUCUGUACUUGUUACGCAUCAGAGAAUACAUACAGGAGAGAAACCCCAUGAAUGUACUGAAUGUGGCAAAGCCUUUAUCAAGAAGUCUCAUCUCCUUAGACAUCAGAUAACUCAUACAGGAGAGAAGCCCUAUGGGUGUAACAAAUGUGGGAAAGCAUUUUCCCAGAAGCCACAUCUUGUUGUACAUCAGAAAAUUCAUACAUAACAUUCAUUUUUAUGAUAGGAAGAAGCCUUACAUACUAGCUAAGUCUUAUUAAAUGGCAGAAAAUUCAUAGUGAGGAGAAAUCAACAAUUUGAUUUUGGAAGAUAAAUUCCCAUAAAAAGCCAGUUACGUUCUGUAAGUGAUACUAAACAUUUUACAGAAAAGAUCAAAGAACAUUGAAUUAUAAAAAAUAGAACAUAGAGCUUAGGAAGUAAGGAUAAAUUAAAUAAUCAAGAAAUCAGUAAAAAUCAUAGUUUGCUAUCCUUGGUUUUAAAAAUUUUUAUACCACCAAUUGUAUAAUUAUGAGUAUAAAAAUUUAUGCCUUAUACAUUAUAUUUAUUAAAAGAGUUUCUGUGGUAAAUAGCACCAUUUCUCUUCCAAUCCUAGCAGUGAUGUGUAGUUAAUCAGUUGGGAAAAGUGUGGUUUAAUAUGUACUAUGAAGUUAUGUGGUAUUUUCAUCCAUUGCUGGCACUUUAAGGGGCAAUGGCAGUGUUACUGAAUCUGAGUGUCCUCUUAAAUUAUAGAAGUGAAGACUUCUUGUAAAACUUAUGAAAAUGUUUUCUUAUGUAUGUAAAAAAGCAAAACAAAAAUAUUUAAAAAUUAUACUGAUUGAGAAAAAGAAAGCAAUUAUUUAUUGCAGUAAGUACUCAGAAAAUUAAGUGUUUAAGUAUGUAAAUAAAACAUUUGCACUUCAAAUAUUUCUUUUCUUUUUCAUUUCUGUAUCUACGUAAGAUGUAAGCCUGGCUCAAGUAGUAUUUAACUGGGGUAUCAUCUGAAUUUGAGUUUAAUAAAGUAAAGUGUCUUGAUACUUUGCAACUUUCAGGGAAAGAGUUUUUUUAGAUUUUCUAGGGAUUUUUUGUACAUAGAUUUGUUUUGUUUUGUUUUUGUUCAGUUUGUAUGUUUGUUUUUAAAGAAAUCUAUGCAUGUUUACUUCUCAGGGAUUCCUGGAAUUUUCUGUAUGACCGGCAUAGGCAUCAUUAAAAUGAGUUUUUUCUGCUUAGCAACAUCAUUUUGGAAUGUCACAUUAUGUAAAUUCUUUUAAGCAGAUAAACCAACCAUUUAACUAUUUUAAGUUUUUAUUGCUUUCCACAAUAUUCCUUGGUAAUGCCUAAAAGCCUUUAUGCCUUUUCUUGAGUUGUGACAAAA